CUUUUCAAUGUCAUCCACCAACUUGAUCGUACCACCGCUAUAUGAUCAAUUGAACCAAAACUCGCGCAUGAGUUCUCGAGCUUGAAGCUCACUCACUUUCAAUCAUGGCUUCACGAGAAGAAGUCACCCUGCCAGCAACGCGACCGAAGUCAAGAAAGUCACUGGCCCAUAUCCCGUCGUCGCAAAGUAUGGAUCAAGAAAACAUGACUGCAGAUAUUGGAGCUUUGACUGGCAAAAAGGCGUUGCCUAUCGAGAAGUCCUCGAGGAAAUCGCGCAGUAAGAGCAUUGGUCCUGGCGGAUUGGAUGCUCUGAAAGAUACUACAGGAAACAGGCGCAAGUCUUUAGCUUCCGUUCCCCAUCCUCCUCCAAAGUCCAUUCUCAAACCUACUAUGCCACCCCUUCGAGAAAUUCCGGCGCAUAUUUCGACGCGCAAGAGUCCAAAGAAGACAACCCCGCCAUCGGCUCAGAAGACGGACAAUCUGAUCGAUUUCGACGUCCAAGUACCUGGCGCAACUGUAUCGGGAGCAGAGAAACUUGCUAAUCCUUUCGAGAUAUCUGGAAGUCCUGCCGUAAACGAGACCAGAGUGACCUUACGAACAGAGGAGGAACAACAAGCAGCUGCACGCGAACGGGAGGAGAAGGAGAGGAAGGAAUUAGAGAAGGAAAUAAUAUCACGACGAGAUGCUCGACGGAAGUCACUGGCCAAUCGCAGAGUAUCAUUUGCGCCAGAAGCUACACUUCACACCUGGGAUGUUGUUGUUGAAUACCAGGAUUCUACCACUUCGUCAAACUCAACCAACUCGACUCGACGAGCAUCUUCUGCAUCAGGUGGCUCUGUAGGGUCACCACACUCUCGAUCGUCUGAACCUGCUGGCUCUGAUGCUUCAGAGCCUCCAUCUACACCGCCUGAGCAGGUCGAAGAGGAGACUGUUACAGCAAGCCCGGCCCACCAACGCGACUUGCACCAAAAGAAGCGUCGUCGAAGCUCUGGUAUACCACCUAUGAACUUCAAUAACCCCGAUGACGAGGGGUUCUCCUCGAGUCCAUUCAGCGGUAGCUCAACAGGCGAUGCUGAGGAAAUAAUUGAGGACGAUGGCUCUAAUUCGAACAGUGACUCCGGUGACGAUGAUGGCACUUUGAUGAGCAUGGACGGUGGAGAAACUACGAACAUGUCAAUGGCAUCCAUGGCGUCGGGCGAUAGCACAGGUUCCAGUCGAUUGGACGAGGCUCUUAGAGAGGCUGCUCGUCAAGCUGGUACUCAAGGUAUCGAUUUUGAUGAGAAUGGGGACGAGGGUGUAGUGGAAGAGGAGGAGGUGGUGGCAUCUUUUGCUCCGUGGUCGAAGAAGAACCCGGCUCUUGAGUCUCUAAACGACCAGGAGAACCUAAAUCCAUUCUCUCCCGCAUUUAAAGCUGGAGCACAGCAAGCCGCAGAACAACCGGAGGGAGAAGACAUCACGAUGGAUAUCACCAUGGAUAUGACCAAAGCUGUUGGCCGCAUCAUGCCCGAGCAAAAGCCCGAAGAUGAUGAGAUGUCAAUGGACGUCACUCGUGUUUUUGGUGGUAUCAUAUCGAACGACGCAGCAAAAGCGCCAACGUCGAGACGAAAGUCCAUUCCCGGAAAUCGUCGCCAAAGCACUCGAAGAAGAUCAUCUGCCGACGAAUCAUCGAUGGGUGACGAAACCAUGGAUCUCACAAUGGCAAUUGGAGGCAUUCAGCCCGCACGAGAGGAAGCCUCCUCGCCAGAUGACGAGGAUAUGACUAUGGAAUUCACGACUGCUGUUGGUGGUGUACUUCCCCCAGUAGCUCAGACUACUAGAUCAGGAAGAAGAGCGUCAAUGGCAGCGAAGUCAAAAGCCCAAAGCAAGCGGAAUAGGCAGAGCCUAGAAUCUGCUGCAGAAGACGAGACCAUGGACAUGACUGUAGCUAUGGGAGGUAUCAUGCCAUCUAUUGCGGAAACCACCAGUGAGCAAGAUGUUACCAUGGGCAUGGACAUGACUACAGCGCUGGGUGGCAUACUCCCGCCUCAACGAAGCACAGGGAGUCGCUCGCAAGCAAAGAAGAUAAUGGAAAUGGAGUCGGACUUCGGCAGCUCUCCCUUCCGCGCAGAUGUGCCAUCAAACUCACCACCAAAGCCUCCUGCGCCAACUCAUACGGUCGCAUCAGAAACUGGAAGUCCAAGCCUUGCGGGCUUCAGAGGAAAGGGUCUUCGUCGAAGUGCAGAAUCACGACAGUCCACCACUCCCAAGUCCAGACUUAGCUCUGGCGGUACACCCCUCAAGAAGCCAGCAACCCCUUCGAAGCAAAUAACGCCCCAACCUGCCCGUGCAACUACCCCUAGCAAGACUCCUCCUUCCAAAAAUGUUGUCAUGCGCACCUCAUCCCCCAAGAGGCUCUUCAAGGAUGAAAUCAAAGCAGCUGCGUCCACUCCACAGUCUGCAAAAGGCAGAAAGGUUGCGACUCCCAACAAACUUUUCCAAAAAGACAAGUUCACUGGGGCCGCUACUCCAAGCUUUAUUCUAACACCACAGCCAAGGCGGUCUUCUGGUGUUGGUCUUGACAAGACCGGACUUGGUUCUCCACGAGUAGCGGCACUACUUGACCGCCGUGGGUCCAUCGGAGAUCAGGCUCGAUCUUUCAUCCCUAGCCAGCUUGGAGAAGCUCCUGCAGCUGUUGUACGUUUUGAGGAUCCCCGUGCCAUGGAGGAGGAACUUGACAGGGAGCGUGAGCAAGAAGAAGAUCGAGAAAAUGGCCGUAAAAUCAUGGAGCGAGAGGCAGAUAUAAAUGGAGAGGAGAAGGAUGUGACUCUUAACCUGAAGGAGAUGAUCCAAAGUUUGACACCAAAGAAGAAGAAUCCUUUGAGAGGUCGCAAGAGCCUGCAUGUUGGUGCUGCGAAAGGUAUCCUUGGCAAACGUCCCGCUGAAUUGGACGACGACGAAGAUGAUGAAGACAAUGGAGGGGUAAAGCGUCUGAAAGGCCACCAAGGAAGUCCAGUCAAAGGUGUCAAGUUGCAAGCACCUCCAUCAAAAGCGGAGACUACAACUGGAAGGGUCACCCGAGCUUCUCGUAAAAGUAUGGAAGAAGCCUCAUCCACUCCCAGCACGGUUAUCUCUCCGGAGAAGAGUAAAGUCACAACUCCUCGUCACCAAGGUCGAUUUAAAGAUGUGGAAGCCGGCCAAUCUGGCCUACACAUUGGCCCACCUGUUGAGAAAUCACCCGUGGAAGAGCCUCAAGUCGACGAGGACAGCUUCGGUGAUGAUCGGAUUCAACUCCAAGAUUUCCUAAACAUGACCAGCAUUCGCUUCAUGGAAUUAACGACGACCAAGCGAAGACACACCAUUGCACCUAGAUCGUCUACCAAAGCCCUUGAAGACGAUAAAGAUGUGGCUCUCGAAGACUGUGUUGCCGCCGGUGCUGCUACCAUUCCCAUGCUUGAGUUGUUCCAACAUGCUUGCCAAGAACUUAAGAGAUAUAUCUCCGAAGGGCGCAAAACAGUCCGCGAGAUCGAGACCGAAACCUUUGAAGAGAAUCCUCCUUUGUUCCGCGAGUAUAUUUCAGCCACCCCGGAUAUGAAGGUCGUAAUGGACAAUCAGCUCAAGAACGUCAAAACCCAUGCCAGACUGUUAAGUAAGGGUCUAUGGUACGACUGGAGAAUGACUCUCCUUGGCACUUUGAAGGAAGGGCUCUUUAAGACCGCUGAGGGAAUGAUCGAAGACGAGGAAAUUCUUGAUCAUCAACAAGAGCUGCUUGAAGCAGUUCUUCCAGAGCUAAUCCGACGGGCCGAAAAGCUUCAGCGAGAGGAAGCUGACCUCCAGUCGGCAGCCGAAGAAAUCGCCAAUUGCGACCAAGAAGAGCUCGGCGAUGCUCGUCAACAGCUGAUUGCCGUAGAUGCAGAUGUUGAAGCAAAGAAGCAAUUGAUCGCGGACUUGCGAAGGCAACUGGAGGGUAAAGAGUCGGAGAUUGAGGCAGGAAAUGAACGUAAGCAGGCAUGCUUGGAAGAAAUCCGUGAAGCGGAAAAGAUCAGAGAAGAAUGUCGAGGCUGGACUUCGAGUGAGAUAAGUGUCUUGAAGGGCAAAGUUGACGCGAUCGAGAAGGAACAUGGCUGGACAAUCACUGGCGUUUCAGGCACGACGACCUCAAUGACCUAUCGGAAAGAGAUUGAACUGGUGUUUGACGCAUCUUCCUUUCUAACAACCAAUUCGAGCAGUCCAGCCAAACCACCCGUGAACUCACGAAUUGAUCUGUGGUACAUCGGCGCUAGUAGAGAGUUGAAACCACUCCCAUUGACUGCAGAGAAGGAUUUCUUCCUCCAGAGUAUACGCGAUCACAUUCGCGGCUUACCUCAAAGCAAAACCCAGGUCAAAGAUCUCCUCAACGCGGUCAGUGUAUCGUGGAACAAGGCAAGCAAAGUUGUCGAUGACAUUCGCCUCCUCGCCAUCAGCUGCCCGACCGACGUCAGCAAGACAUCCGAUGAUUCCAUCGCGAUCAAAUCAUCUCUUCUCAUCGGUCCGCUAACCACCAAAGUCGAGAUCAUCUUCCAGCUUACAAGCACAUCUGGUGAGAAUGGUAUCGAUGUCGAGAUAUUACCACGAGCUACAGUUGUGUACGGAGAGCGUUUUAACGAGCCGAAGAUGGGAGAGUUUCUUCUCAACAGAUGUGGGGAUGUUGUGGAAGAGAAGGGCCAUGCUACAAAGGAGGCGUGGGGGAAUGCUGUUGCUGAGCUGGGAGAGAAACUUCUUGCCAGAGGUCGCAAGUAGGACUUUGGUACUGGCAUUUGGUGUUGUGAUUGUGCUUCGUUACGUAUAUGAUUGAUGUGGAUGGACUGGGAAUGGAUUUGGCGGGCUUGGUGUAAGGGUGUUUACCUCGCAUAGCGGGAUGGAGUUAUGAUUUCAGCUGGUAGCUUAUGUGAAGAAUCAAAGUCAUUGCCACUUUUACAAGCGAAGAACAUUUGAGAAGGAGCAAUAAACCCUCUUCGAUCG